UGCCAAUUUUAGCUGUUAUUGGGGCAAUCGUAAGCGCUGCUACAGGUGGAAAUCGUGGAAAACAUGGCGGUGGCGGUGGUCACGGUCAUGGCCCAACCAAAACAAUCAUCAUCAAAUCGAGCGGAAGACACGGUGGUAGCAGCGGCGGUGGACACUAUCAUGGCGGUUCAAGUCAUGGAAGCUCACUUUCACCUGGUCUCUUGGCCGCAAUCAGUGGAAAGCAUAGUUCGCACGGCAGCUAUGGACACGGUAGCAGCUAUGGAUACGGUGGAAGCAGCCAUGGUGGAAUCGAUACAGCUACUAUUGUUGGCGCAGCUCUUGGCGGCGGUUCACAUGGUGGUUAUAGCAGUCAUGGUCAUGGUCAUGGUCAUGGUCAUGGUCAUGGAUCAGGAGGCAUCGACGCUGGAACAAUUGUAUCGGCUUUGA